AUUGCUGUUAUACACUUAUAGCUUAUUAAAUUAUGUAGAGCCUAGAAUUAAACAAUUGCAACAUGUCAGAAAUUGACGAUGAUGACUUUGAAUGGGAUCCGGAGGUUCAAGAAAUGUACGAUGAUCUAUCAUGGGAUACUCCUGAAGUUGACCCAAACCUAAAACUAGAUACUGAUGUACAUUUGCUUCGAGAUGGAGCAUUAUGCUACCCAACAAUUAUGUACGAUCUAUUUUAUGACAAGCAUUCUAAUUCUGCACCUGUUAUCCCUGUUUCAAUGCCACAACCUAAAGUUCCUUAUGGUCGAAAAUCAUCUUUAACUAAAAGCGAAAUGAAAAUGCUUUUAAACUAUAGUUCAAGCUAUAAAAAUAAAAGUAUAUCUGAAAUUCAUCCUACCCAUUAUAAAAGAUACAGAGAAUAUAAAGUUUUGCAGAAUAAAGUUGCAAAAGAACAAGAAGAAUUUCAACAAUAUUUAUUGGAAGUUUCAACAAGGUUUAUUACUGAAUAUAAUUAUGUGGACGAGGAAGCAGAAUCGUGGGUAAAAAAGUGUUUGGAAGAAUCUAGAAGUCAAAUUAAACAUUAUGAACGAUAUUAUGAGCAUUUAAAAGAGUUUGGUAUAAGCGUUAUACCAUUUAAAAAUGACACACCCCCAGCUCCUAUUGAUUCUUUAUUCAUUUCUUUAGGAUACUGGGAUAGAUUAGUUGUAUUAACAAGGAAUACCCCAAUUCCUAAACCUAUUAUAAAAAAUGUUAAAAGCAAGAAAAAGUCAAAACAUGAUGCUUGGGUAAAAACAGUUGUCAGUAAAGAUGAAAAUGCUCGUCGUCUUGCAAUAGCUUGGAAAGCAGAUGUUGUUAUUUCUUUGGGCGCUUUGAAAACUUUAGCAGAUAAUCUUCCACCUUAUCAAAAUGAAUGGGAAUUGCCAGUCGUGGUUAAGUUAUUUGAAGGAUUUGAAAAACAGAAAAUUACUUUUGUUGACAAAGUUUUCCCACCAAAACGAAUAGCUCCAAGAGAAAAGAAUUUGAAGUUUUUUCAAGAAGUUAUUAAACAUUUGUCUUUAGUUCCCAAUGUUUGGAACAAAUCUACUAACGCAACUAAAAAAGCGAAAAAGAAAAAUGUACAUAGCGACACUAGUGAAACAAGUGUUAACAUUACUACAAAUCACAACAAAGAAUCUGCGGACAAUAAGACUUCUGAAAAUGAAGAAUCUUUAUUGCAAGUCGAUGGAGCAAAUGAUAAUAAAAAACCAACACGUAAACAAACCAGAAGAGGCACGAAGUCAAAGGUCACUGAGAUGCAAGGUGAUUCAAAAGACACUGUGAAUGAUAAAAACACGAGAAACAAAAAUCCUAACCAAUCGAAACUUUCGCAAUUUUUGACGACUUCAUCCACAUCCAAUUGGAUGAAAAAACCUGACCUAUCACUUCCUCACGCAAACAAUGCAAAUUUUCAACCAUUUAUUGGCAGAAGAGGAAGAUCAGUCUCUACGCAAAGUGCCGAAUCACAGGAAGACAAAAGUACUGCGGAAGAAAGUAGGAAAAAGGUUGCUGAAAAUGAAAUGAUCUCACCGAAAGCGCAAUUUUCUGGAAUGUCCUUUGGAUUAUUGCCAGAUUCAGCAUUGGAAUUUAGUCAAGAAUCUGACAUCAAUGACGCAGAAAAUAAUUCAAUUGAAAAAACCUCCAAGGAUCGUAUCGACCAAUCACCAACCACCCGACGCGCAACUCGAAGUACCAUUAAAUCGGAAUAUCUGAUGGAAACUGACCACUCUGGUGGUGCUUUGUCACAAACAAUUAUAUCCUCAUUUGGAAAAAUGAGUAAAAGUGUUGCAGAAACAAAGAAAAAGGCAUCUGAAAUGGCAACUUCUACACCAACCAGAAGAAACAAAAAAAACACCAAAGCUGCAACGAAGCAGACCAGUCAGGAAAAAGAUUCUGACGAUGACGAACUGAUUUUAGCUAAGAAACGGAAUAAAACAAGAAACAUAUUUUUACAGGAUGACAGUGAAUCAAAUGAUGAAAUCACACAUGCUGCUGAAAAAGAAACCCCAAAGAAAGCUAAACCAAAAACUAAAGCGGCUAGUAAAACUAGUAAAAAGGAAACCAAAACACCAAAAAAGAAACAGAGUGCUUCAAGAUCUACGUCUAAUGCUAUUUCUAAUUCAUCUGAUAUUGUUGAAACUACCACAACCGAUGUACCAUCUGUGAACAAGCCAUUGAAAUUAUCACCUGAUUCGGCCACAAAUAUUUCCAGAAUGCAAAAUAGUUCAAAUGACCUGUUGGGUGAAAUUUUAGGUAAAAGUGAUACUGCUUCAUCAAAACAAACACCAGAAGAAAUGUCAUCAUCAAAGGCAGCACACCCUGAAGAAUUAAUUUCUGAUGAUGUUGUAGACUUUGCCACUGGUAGUCUUAUGCUUAUUCAGCCUGAGGACCAAACCAAUGCUUCUUAUGCGUUAUGGAAGUUUGGGAAAAAACGUGUUUUGAUACGUUACACAAUUCACGGUGAUGUCAUUCCACCUAAAUCACCAAAAGUUCAAAAAAAUGUUUUAACUGGAGUUUCAUUAAGAGCGAAGUUGGAAUAUCAAUCGGAUUAUGUUUAUGAACAGUUAACACAAAGUGAAAUGACUCAUGAUUGGAUAACGUUUCUUAUUAAACGGAAAAUGUGUAUUGUCAGAGCCAGACUCAAUCCUCAUAAAAGAGAAAUACUGGACGUUGAGUGGACAUCGAGUCUCAAUGAGUUCAUGGAAAAAGCUGUUGCGAUGGGAUAUAAUACUGCAGUAACGUCAAAACUCUUGACAAAAUUAUUUGAAAUGUUAUCGGACCUAGAUGUUGGUUCAUAUCUAUGCUGUCAUCGAGUGGAUGAAAAUAAAGUUGUUUUACGCAAAGCAGUUGAUGACAUCCGCAGAAAAGUUGUGUACGAUUUACAAAAAGAAUAUGCGUGGCCUGGUCGCAAUGUCUAUUAUUCUACAUCGGUACCUUGGGUUCCAGGCGAUCCAAAUAAACCUCGUAAAUUUCAUUUGUGUAAUGAUCGAAUUCCAAUGACCUUUCCCCCUAUGGCUGAUACAAAAGAUUCGAAAAAGUCAAAAAAGAAGAAUAAAAAGUCUAGAAAAUCGACUAGUUCCAAGGAAGAUGAUGAUUGGUCAUGAAUUAUCAACUCAGGAAUAUAUGACGAAGAGGAAGUCAUGUGAUCAUGAUCAAACCAGUCCUGGAGCGGCUGAGAAGUGACAAGAAUCUUGAAUGAUACCAGUGUUUUGGUGUCGGAAUUUUACGAAAUGCUUAUUCAACUUGGGGUUUACCAAUAGGGGGUAAACUUUCAACUCGUAUUGGUAGUGAAUUUUGCAUGAAAGUACACAAUCAAAUAUGGACAUUGACUAUGCAGGAAAUUGCAUCAUUGUUGUGGUGAAAAUUUGUAACGUUCUUUGUUGCACGAUAGAUAUACAUAUUCGCUGGAGGUGUACAUAUUGCCUAUCACAGCUUUUUUUUUUCAAAUUUCACUGCCAGCGCUUGUGAUAGACAGUAUAAGGGAGGAAUUUUACUUUUGAACAAUAGGCGUAAAACCGGGUUUCUCUAAUGAUUUCACUAUUUUUUAAAAUUUGAAAAAAAGAA